CAAGCCAAUCCCAUGAAGAUUUUUCCAUCUUGUGUCUUGGGAAGAGGUGCUGGCAGAAGACGUAAACCGUACCGGACAAUGCGCUUAAUUUAAAGGCGUUGACGAAACGUAAUUGGAAUUUCUUGGGAUACAAUGAGACAGCUUACAGAUGAAGAACGCCAGCAGGUGGUGGCAUGGUACAAGGAAGUCAAAAACAUAAGCAUGGUUAUCAGAAUGUUCCGUAAGACAUUCCACAGACACCCGCCGACCAGAGAGACCAUAAAGAAAUUGGUUGGUAAUUAUAUAGAAAGUGGUAGCGUCGCACGUGUACGCAGACGACAAAGCAAUGACACACUUAUUCGAGGUGAGAUCGGACACGGCGUCGUCGGGGCAUUUGAAGCCAACCCGGACUUGGGAAUCAGAGAAGCUUCACGAAUGUUUGACGUCUCAUGUAGUACGAUCAAGCGAAUAUUGGUCGCAAAUUCGAUGGUGUCACGAAAUGCAGAGAAAUGGAAAGAGAAGCUGAAGAAAGCGGCCGAAAAAAGAGCCAAAGAAAAGGAGAAAGCAAAAGACCAUGCUGGGCCAGCAGCUGCUCCCAAACCAAUUGGCUCCUACUCGUACCUCCUGCAGCUGCUGAAGAUCAAGAAGCACCAGCGUCACAAGGGGCUGCUUCGCUGCUCCUACUGCUCCUACAAGACGCAGUUCAGGAGCUGCCUGAUCGCCCACGAGAAGGAGCACGAGAAGUACAACGAGGUGGGCCGCAGGGAGCCCAAGGUGCUGAGGUGCCGCACCUGCAAGGCGGAGGUCCGGGACAGGAGGGCGCUGAAGAGCCACGCCAAGAAGCACAAGCUGGAGGCGAAUCCCGUCGUGCGCAUCCAGUGUCCCACGGCCGGGAAGCAGAGCGACGCGCAGGUGAUCUGCUUCCCCGAGAAGGAGUGCAGGGGGAUGUUCAGCAACAGGGCGAGGCUGAAGAGCCGCGCGGAAGACGAAGAGGAGGAGAACCCGUUCGAGUGCGACCUCUGUCCGGCGGCCUUCAAGACGGAGAGCUCGCUGAGGAGGCACACGCCCUCGCACCUCCGCGAACACAAGUGCGGCAUCUGUGGCACCCCGUUCAAGGAGGAGCACCUCCUGGAGAUACACGCCAGCGCCCACGACGGGGAGACGCCGUACUGCUGUCACCUGUGCCGCCGGCCCUUCAGGAGUAUUUCGGGGCUACGGUCGCACAUGAAGACCCAUGCGGGGGGACGGGUGGAAGCGGCGGAAGACGGAGCGGGGGAGGAACGGGUGGCAGAUCGCGCGGCGGAGCAGAAAGAGGGUGACGUACCGGAGGAGGAGGAGACUGAGAUGGGAACGGGACUACAGACUUUGGGGGGUGAUGGAACAGAGUGACGUGCAUUACAGGAAAGUGAACUGCAUUUUAGAACAGCGCAGGGGAACAGAACGGUGUAAAAAAAUGGUACCCAGGUGUCAAACAGGGCGGAAUGUUUUGAUGCGUCUAGCCACAGUGAAAUGUUUCCAUGUCAGAUGUAUGUGAUACAUCUGUCAUUGAGCAAACCACGGAUAGAACAGAGCGGCUACUCGGCUUCUACUUUCUUUUUUUUUGUUUCUGUGUUUUCAAAGUCCUUUGCUGUCGUUCAUUAAACGGUUACCAGCAGCACGACCCAUUCACAGCCCUGACGCAGUGCGGGUGUUGUCCCGCUUGGGCCCCGGGUGUCUCCGCGGGGUUUGCGAGAUUGAGAUUUUGCCGUACGUUAUCGCGUGAUGCGACGGGAAAAGCACGCAGGAAUAGUCGCGAGCAAAUAAUUAGAGCUGCGCGACUAUUCAAAAUUUCCAAUAUUUUUUGGAAUAGUUCACCGAAGCGAGGCGUCGCUAUCUCCGUUCUGCAAGUGGGCUUCGCCUCAUUGCAUCCAAGAAUUAGGUGAAGCCCACUUCGCGUUACCGUUACGUUUUUUUUUCUUCUUCUCCGUUCUGCAAGUCUGCUUCACAUCAUUGCACUCGAGUGUUAGGUGAAGCCCGCGAGGUCGGUUCGGGAUGGGGGAAUAAGCGGGCGGAAUCGGAUUUAACCCGAAAAGGUCACUCCCUAAACAUAUUUCACCAUAAGGUAUUCGAAAUUAUUCGGAUUAGGCCUUUUCUGAUUAUUGGAAUUCGAUACUGCUUCUGCAGAAAUUAUUCCAGUUCGAUUCGCAACGGAAAUUUUGCUAUUUGCACAGCUCUACAAAUAACGCACAACAGUGUCGCCUUGGGGUGGUUGCACAGGAAAAUAGCUGUGAGCCUUCCCACCAUCUACAACCAUAGUUAACAUCAGAGCCAGGUGCAGAGGCAGUGCAUUUUAGUUGGAAAUUCUCCGUUCAGAUUUUGCAAGUCCCUCAGUGCAUAGCCCCGAGCAAUGCAUAUGAGUUUCGACUAAUAUUUUUAGCUCGUGGCACUUUUAUUCUCCAAAACCGGUUCCAAGUGAAACAGCACAUUACCGACGUAAUAAACCAUUGCUGUACAGUGUAUCUCUACGGCAUUAUGUACAAGUAAGGCAGUGUGCAGACUCAGUGGCAAUAUCUGCUAAAUUUCAAUAAAGUAGAGAAAUGGGCCAGUUUUGCUGUGAAGGCACAUUUGUCUGAGCAUGAUUGUACGUAUUCAAUCUGUUUCGAUAAACACAAAUACAACUUUCA